GACAAUGCAUGUGAGAAGACUUCAUACAUGUUUCUGCGGAAAGAACUUCCAGUGCGACUAGCUAACACCAUGAGAGAGGUCAAUUUGUUGCCUGAUAACUUACUUAACAGGCCUUCAGUUGGGCUAGUGCAGAGUUGGUACAUGCAGAGUUUCCUUGAGCUUUUAGAAUAUGAAAAUAAAAGUCCUGAGGAUCCUCAUGUUCUGGAUGACUUUUUAGAUGUUUUAAUUAAAGUCAGGAACAGGCACAAUGAUGUGGUUCCAACCAUGGCGCAAGGGGUGAUUGAAUACAAGGAAAAAUACGGCUUUGAUCCAUUUGUUAGCAGUAACAUCCAGUAUUUUCUAGAUAGAUUCUACACGAACCGCAUCUCUUUCCGUAUGCUUAUUAACCAACACACACUUCUUUUUGGUGGAGAUAUUAAUCCUGCUCAUCCCAAACAUAUUGGAAGUAUUGAUCCUAAUUGUAAUGUAGCAGAGGUGGUUAAAGAUGCUUAUGAAACAGCUAAGAUGUUAUGUGAACAGUACUAUCUGGUGGCACCUGAGCUGGAAGUUGAAGAAUUCAAUGCUAAAGCUCCAAACAAGCCUAUUCAAGUAGUCUAUGUACCUUCUCAUUUAUUUCAUAUGUUAUUUGAGUUAUUCAAGAAUUCAAUGAGAGCUACAGUGGAAUUGCAUGAAGGUAAAAAAGAAGGCUAUCCAUCAAUCAAAACCUUAGUCACUUUGGGAAAAGAAGAUCUGUCUAUUAAGAUAAGUGAUAAAGGUGGAGGUGUACCUUUAAGAAAAAUAGACAGAUUGUUUAACUACAUGUACUCAACAGCACCCAGGCCUAGUUUGGAGCCCUCGAGAGCUGUGCCUUUGGCUGGAUUUGGCUACGGCUUGCCAAUCUCUCGUCUGUACGCUAGGUACUUUCAAGGUGACCUUAAACUGUACUCCAUGGAAGGUGUUGGUUCAGAUGCUGUAAUUUAUUUGAAGGCCCUUUCAAGUGAAUCAUUUGAAAGACUUCCCGUUUUUAAUAAGUCGGCGUGGCGACACUACAAGACCACACCUGAAGCAGAUGACUGGAGCAAUCCUAGCAGUGAACCAAGAGAUGCUUCUAAAUAUAAAGCAAAUCGAUAAUUUGCCACCUUCUGUCUCUUAGAGAUGACCUCUGCAUUCAGUAUAAAGUCUCUGCUUUGUUCCAAAAUCCUUCAAACCGCAGUAGCUAAUUACUUCCAAACAAAGACCUAAUCAGGGCAUUGAAAAAUACUAAGAACAAAGUGAUAAUUGGGACUUAAAGAAAGGCAGUAAGCAUGUUUGGUAUGUGAAUCCUGUCUACUUCACCCGAAUAUGCUUGGUUGCUUCAGUCAUGCAUUGACAACAGGGAUUGCACUGAUUGCACUUCAGAAUGCAAUGUUGUAACAAAAAGAUACUAUUUGAAAUAGCUGAUUUUUGCUCCAAGGUAAGGAUUGGCCAGAUGUGCAGAAUACCUUUAAAUGAUGAAUAGUAUCUUGCACAGCAAUAUGAUAUAAGAGAAAAGUUCUAAUGUAGUUAAACAUAUGUUUGAAAUUCCACUCUGCUGCAUUUUAUAUUGCACAGUGUCACCUGUUACAAAAAAAUCCCUUUGAGCUCUUCAGAUCUUGUAUCAAAUGAGCUUCUAAAUGCAUAGUUCUAAAAAGGGUUGUGCAGCUUUAAACUGAUGCUUUCCCCAAAUUCCAGAUCCAUUUGUCAAGUGCAUUCAAAAGUUAUGUUGUUGUAAGACACUGGGUUUUCCACUUCUUGGUAUGCACCUUCAUGAUUUUCUUGACACACAAACACAGAAAAGCAUUUCUAUACAUUUUUCCUUGUUUUGUGGAAAGUAGUUGGAUCAUCUCUCCGUAUAAGGAAUUCUGUUAAUCCAGGGGCAGGGGGUAAUUCAAUUUCAUGUUUAUUGCCUAUCAUUUUGGGUUGGUUGGGGAGGGGAAAGAAAUGCUGAAAGGCCAGACAGCCAGUCAUACAAAUGAAUUUGCCUUAAGAGUGUCGGCUGCUUGGAACCAGAUUAGUUUAAAACCUGUAAAUAGUUUGCAAAGUUAUUUAUAUAUUCAAUGUCUGACUAUAGUCUGGUAACCUGAAUUUGUAGUGUAUAUAAAGAUGUUGUACACCAGCUUUUGGAAAGUGUCAUUGGUCUAAAUACAUGAAACUGGAGAUACCAUAGAAA